AUGCCACCAAAUUAUGUGGCUCAUGUUGGGCAACUCAAGACAUUCACUUUGCCUGACAAGGCCACUGGAUCUCCCAGUGACGUUCAACUGGGGAAGGCUAUGAUCGACGCGUGGCGUCAAGAUGGUAUUCUUCAGGUUUCGAUGAGUCCCAAGCAGCAGGAUCUGUUUGAUAAAGCAUUUACUGCUAGUAAGCGGUUCUUUGCUAUGCCUCCUAAGCAAAAAGCUGCUUGUGUGGACAGUCAGAGCUACGCCGGCUAUAUUGCCUCUGGGGAGGAGAUUACGGAUGGCAUUGCUGAUUAUUCAGAGAUAUUUACGGUCACCAAGGAUCUUCCUCUGGAGGAGCCUCGAGUGGAAGCCAAGUGGCCUUGCCAUGGCCCUUGCCCUUGGCCAGAUACUGAUAUGAGGACCCCUAUACAGAAGUAUAUGGAGUCCUUGGGUAAUAGCGGGGAGACGUUGCUGAAGAUGAUUGAAUACGGACUCGAUCUGGAUCCUAAGACUCUGACUUCCUUAACCGAGGAUGGAUGGCACCAUCUCCGUAUUUUGAGAUUCCCUCAAAAUAACAACACCAACGGAAAAGGAAAAGAUGGCCGUGGUAUUGGAUCUCACACAGACUACGGUCUCUUGGUCAUUGCAGCCCAGGAUGAGGUUGGAGGCCUAUUCAUUCGACCCCCUGCAGAAGAUGAGAAGCUGGAGAAUUGGAAGAAAAGCGCCGCUGGCUUCCGCGAAGAUGAUGAACGAUGGGUUUAUGUACCUCCUGUGCCCGGAGUCUUCACAGUAUUCCCAGGAGAUAUUAUGCAGUUCAUGACCAACUCCUACCUGCCAUCCACCCCCCACAAGGUCGGCCUCAAUACCCGCGAGCGAUUCGCCUUCGCCUACUUUCAUGAACCUAGCUUCCAAGCUGAAAUCUCCCCAGUUGCGAAGCUUUAUGAUGGCCAGCCUCCAGAUGAAAAAAUUCAUUACGGAACCCACUUCACGAACAUGUUCAUGAGGAAUUAUCCGGAUCGGAUCACAACAGAUAGGAUUAUAAAGGAGGAUCGAUUGAAGUUGUUGGAUCUGCCUGAGCUGAGAACACAAUAG